CAUUCCACACACUUCGAAGUGAGAACACACACAUCUCAAAGACAACCCUCCAUACGGAUUCCUCGAAAGCCCACUGAGGUUCCCAUUUUCUUGGUCUAAGAUUCUCUCCAAUGGCUAAGGUGGCUCGACCGGUUUUCUGCGAGCUCGCGUCUCAAAAACCGGCGGUUCCUGUUCCGGUUCAGAGGGUGAGGGCCUCCGAUGUGUCACCGGCGGCGUCGACCGGGACGGAUAAGGUGAAGAUCGUGCUACAGCCUCGUCUAUGCACGCUCAGAUCGUACGGUUCUGAUCAGGUGGGGGUGAUGAUGAAGCCGCGGAGGCACGGUGGUGACGAUGAGGGCGGUGAUGGGGUGUCGUCGUCGCCGUUCUUCGCGACUCUGUCGGAGUACAUAGAGAGCUCCAAGAAGAGUCAGGACUUUGAGAUCAUAUCCGGUCGUCUUGCCAUGGUUGUGUUUGCAGCAACUGUGACAAUGGAAGUGGUGACCGGAAAUUCUUUGUUCAAAAAGAUGGAUUUACCGCGGAUAGCUGAAGCAGCAGGGGUGUGCCUGGGAGCGGUAACUUGUGCUGCGAUCUUCGCUUGGUUCUCCAGUGCUCGGACUAGAGUAGGCCGCAUCUUCACCUUCAAAUGUAACACAUUGAUCGAUUCGCUGGUGGACCAAAUUGUCGAUGGCUUGUUUUAUGAUGGCGAUCAGCUCAGUGACUGGUCUGAUGAACCAUGAAAGAUAAGCAAAAUCACAUUCAAAUAUAACAAGAGAGCAGGGUGUCCAGGUAGUAGCAGGUACUCUUAUUUUGUACACUGUAAUAUAUAUAUAUAUAUAUAUAGAUAUCCAGAAAUGAAAUUAGAAUUAGAAUAUGUGGUUAGCUGUAAGAAUCUAUACAGGAGGGAUCAAUAAAGUUUAUGAGAAUGUAAUCGCUGUUAGUACUUAUUUGAAUAUUUUCAUACAAGCUAUAAUCAAGUGAUAUUAUGCUCAAA